AUGGUCAAGGCCACCAGUGUGAAAGACGUUGAUCAGCACGAUGCUGUCAAAAGCAUUGCUUUCUUCUUGAAAAAGAGCGGCAAGGUCAAGGUCCCCGAAUGGUCUGACCUUGUCAAGCUCGGUGUUCAUAAGCAACUUGCUCCAGUAGACCCCGAUUGGUUCUACACUCGCGCGGCUAGCUUGGCCCGCCAUUUAUACUUCCGACCAGCCGGUAAAUUUUUCUUUAUUAAUAAAGCUUCGAAGUUCACAGGCGUUGGUGCCUUCAAACGCGUUUACGGUGGCAACAAAGGUCGAGGAGUUGCUCCUAACCACUUCCAAACCGCUACUGGAAACGCUAUCCGCAAAGCCAUCCAAGCUCUUGAAAAAAUCAAUUGGGUUGAGAAGCACCGUGAUGGAAAGGGCCGCGUUUUGUCUAAGCAGGUUUGUUUUUUUUUUUUAGUUUUUCCUUUUCACAAACAAUAAUAUAAUUUUUCUGUUGCCUUUCGUGUGUGAAUAUUCACAUCUUUUCAGCCCGUCCGGUUUGGCACACUGUACGUUUAAAUUGUGCAUACACCAAUAGCGGUUUUUGGGCGAUAUCUUCGUUAUUAACGCGCUUUUUGUACGAAAAAAUGAACAAUUUGGAAGAAAAACACAUAUAAAACAUUCAAAGAUAAAAAUUUAGUUUUAAUAAUCAAGUUUUUUUGCGAACGCUGGCAAGCCUUGGAAAAUGGCCUAAUUUGGGAAAUGCGUCUUUAGUAAGUGAGAAGUCUUUUUUUCUGUAAUUUUUUUAUCUAUUAAUGUCAGAAAUUGCCUUCUUAAUUGUAUUCAAUACAAAAAAUGAUCAAAAAUGGUCUAGUAUGGCCAGCGAAGACGGCGCAGUGCAAACCGGACGGGUCCCUUUAGGUCUGAACUGGUGUGGAAUUACACAUAAAUUGUAAUUUGAAAAACUUCAUUUUUUGACCAAAAAUUGUAGUCCGUUUUGUUAUUUAAAGUUGCUAAUGAGUAACUGAUAAAGUGCGCUCUGAAGUGGUAACAUCUUUGUAACAUUGUAAGCGUGUGACUAAGAUUAUUUUUCAUCAAUUUUCAAAAGCUUUUAAGAAUAAAUUUUUUAUGCAGCGUUCAAAGCUAAUUUGACGCGCUGGGAAACAUUUUUCUGGUUUAACGGUACGAGCCGAAGCGCAGCAGAUUCCCACGGCGUGAUCAGACGGCUCUACAAGGAGCGUGCACGGUGCGAGCACUGAUUUUGCACUUUUUUUGUUGCACGGUGCAUGUUGUCGUUUUGAACCGCGCAUGUGGUGCAACACCGCACGGUGCUGACACUUCGAAUCAGAAAAUUGGGUAUCCGAACUCUCCUCCAUUCAGCCCAUUUCUCUCAGUUCUACUGUUUAUUGUUUAUUGCAUAUUCAAUGUAAGAGUACAUGUGCAAUUGACUUUGAUUGAUUUGUCUGUGUUUAAACGGCGGUAGGAGCUGUGGCUUAGGCAGAGAAGUUGUGAAUUUCGCUCGUAGAACAUCAGGUACAAGAGAGGUCGUAGGAAGAGUUACGGUGCCGGCUUUCCAAAGGCCGAUGGCAGAGAUUUUUUCUGCAUGCAGCUCCCAAUUUUAUCUACCCCGGAGGGAUGAAAGGCUUGGUCGACCUCGGGGGGGAUUCGAACCUACGACCUUGCGGACGUUAGAAAUGAGCUAUGCCGCUCAGUUCUACAUGUAAUUUUUUUUUUUUUCGUUAGAAAAGUCGGAUGAUGGAGAAAGUAAAGGCCUAAAUUGAGUAUCAAAGCAUGUUCAGUUUUGUGGUUCAGAGUGUCAGCACCGUGCGGUGUUGCACCACACCCGCACUAAAAAGACCCAAAAUUGCGAGGUGCAAAAGGACAACAUGCACCGUGCACGUUUCUUGUAGAGGGCUUUGCCUUCUUGUGGCAAAUGUUCAAUAUAAACUUAUUUUCAAAAUAUUUUUCUUACCAGCUGGGCGGGGCCAACCAAUCACUUUGGGGGAAUCUGUUGCGAUUCGGCUCUUAAUUUUGAACCAGCAAAACUGUUUUGCUACGCGCGUCAAAUUAGCUUUGAACGCAGCACUACAAGCUUUUGAGAAAAGGAGAACCCGUACGUUCUUUACCUCUCCAUCGAACACCAUUUUUACGUCAAAAAAAAACCAAGGACUCCUAGGACAUAAUAAUACCUCUGUUUUCGACGAAAUUAUAUUUUUCGCUGCCGUAAAAUCGAGAGAUAGCCUACAGGCGAGUGGUCAAAAUUGCAGCGUUUUUUUGAUUAUUCGAAAUUCGAACACGAAAAAAACGAACGUUACGUUAUAUUUUCGAUUUCAAAGUUUUUAUUUUAAAUCAAGUGGUUACUUCAAUGAAGCUCUUCAAUGUUUGAAAAUUAAACCAGAUACGCCGACAGCAUUGAUAAGAUUCUGAUUUUCCACGAAAAUUUGCAUGAUUAAGCUAUGUUUAGGGUCGCAAAGAUCUCGACAGAAUCGCUACCGAACUCCGGCAAACUGCCCGACCUGCCGAGUUAUAA